ACGGUUCUGGUCCAGGUUCUUUCCUCUGAACACAGCCGAGCAUCCUGAGCUGCUGCUGCUGAUCUCUGGGACUUUUAACCUACAGCCUGGAGACUCGAAGCUCAGCUGAACCGAAACAACACCAGAGAAGAAGAGACUCACAUCCUCAGGUAAAAUAUGAUCAGGCAGACUGUGCUGCUGUCCUUGUGUCUGAACAUCAUCUCAGCAACGUCUGAUUACAUUUAUGAAGCUCAUUCACUGAUGGACCCAGAGGAUGUUCUGAGCAUCAGCAUCCCUCUGGAGGAACCACAGCGCCCUCUGCUGGGAGGAACGAUCGUACUACCGUGUUACUUUGAGGACCACACAGUUCCAGACCCUGGAGCUCCAACCAUCGCUCCUCUUUCUCAUCGCAUCAAAUGGAGCCACGUCACCAAGGAAAAGGUCACGACCGUCCUCGUGGCCUUGGAGGGGGAGGUGCUUAUCGGCGACAGCUAUGUGGACAGAGUUCACCUGCUGGGAUACCCCAACACCCCGACCGACGCCAGCAUCAAGAUAUCUGAGCUGAGAUCCAGUGAUAGCGGAGUUUAUCGCUGUGAGGUUCAACACGGCAUCGAAGACAACCAUGACAUCGUCCACAUCCAGGUUCAAGGCAUUGUGUUCCACUACCGGGCCAUUAUGGGUCGCUACACUUUGACUUUUGAGAAGGCGAAGGCAGCUUGUGCUCAGAACAAUGCGGUCGUGGCUUCACCUGAACAGCUCCAAGCAGCCUACGAUGAUGGUUUCCACCAGUGUGAUGCCGGCUGGCUCUCUGACGAAACAGCCAGGUAUCCAAUCCACGAUCCUCGUAUGAACUGCUACGGUGACAAAGAACAACUUCCUGGUGUCAGAACUUAUGGCAUCAGAGACGUCAAUGAGACUUAUGAUGUUUACUGUUUCGCUGAGAAGAUGACAGGCAAAGUUUUCCACACUACUACUGCUGAGAAGUUCACCUUCUCUGAAGCAGCGGCGGCUUGUUUAAAUAAGGGAGCUCAGCUGGCCACCACCGGUCAGCUGUACCUGGCCUGGCAGGGAGGGAUGGACGUCUGUAACCCCGGCUGGUUGGGAGACAGAAGCGUCCGAUAUCCCAUCAACAUUCGUCGGCCGCAGUGUGGAGGAGGCAUGCUGGGGGUCCGAACGGUUUACCUCUACUCUAACCAGACAGGAUUCCCUCUUCCUGAGUCCCGUUAUGAUGCCUUUUGCUACACCGGCUCUCCUGAUGAGGAAGGUUCAGGCAUCAUCGAGGAGGGAAGCGGCGUGCUGAGUGUUACCACGGUGACACGAAGCCCUCAGGUGUUCUUUGUGAGGACGACCACAGAGAGCGAGGCGGUCGGGGAGGUGGAGACUCGACAGCCCACCAAUGUGGACUUCAUCUACACUCAGAGCCCCAUCGAGAGCCCCACAGAGACCCCAACCAAGACCCCAACAGAGAGUCCCACCGAGACUCCAACAGAAAGCCCCACCGAGACCCCAACCAAGACUCCAACCGAGGGCCCCACCGAGACCCCAACCAAGACUCCAACUGAGGGCCCCACCGAGACCCCAACCAAGACUCCAACCAAGGGCCCCACCGAGACCCCAACCGAGGCCCCAACAGAGAACCCUACCGAGACCCCAACCGAGGCCCCAACAGAGAACCCUACCGAGACCCCAACCAAGACCCCAACUGAGAGCCCUGCUGAGCUACCACUGCCUCAGCCGCCCAGCAUCACUGACCAGAUAGAGGCUGUCACCGCCCAGCCAGACGUAGGCAGGGAGCCCAGCAAAGGCUUUGAGAUGCCUCCAGCUGGUGUGGUCUUCCAUUAUCGUUCAGGCGUCGGCCGCUACACCUUCACUUUCGUUGAGGCCCAGUUGGCCUGUCUGAGCAUUGGAGGCUCUAUUGCUACUCCACAGCAGCUUCAGGCAGCGUAUGAGGCUGGAUACCACCAGUGUGAUGCAGGCUGGCUACUGGACCAGACUGUGAGGUAUCCUGUUGUCUUCCCAAGAGAUGGAUGUGCAGGAAACCUGGGAUUUGAGCCUGGAGUUCGGUCCUACGGUCUGAGACCUGCAGAUGAGAAAUAUGAUGUGUACUGCUACACUGAGGGGCUCAAAGGAGAGGUUUUCCAUGUGAGGUCCGCUGAGGGUUUCACCUACGACGAAGCUGCUUCCAGCUGUCAGGAGCAGAACGCUGUGCUGGCCUCCACUGGAGAUCUCUAUGCAGCCUGGAAAAUGGGUCUCGAUAAGUGUCGUGCAGGCUGGCUGGUGGAUCGUAGCGUCCGUUAUCCCAUCAAUAACCCCCGUCCUCAGUGUGGAGCAGGAAAAGCAGGAGUACGCACAGUUUACGUUCACCCCAACCAGACUGGCUAUCCCGAGCCUGAUGCCAAAUUUGAUGCAUACUGUUUCAAAGCGAACAUUCAACUUAUUGCAAAUGAAACUGGACUGAACAUCACAGAUAUCCAGGAGGCUCUUGUAAACCUGACAUCCAUUACUGAUUUGUUAAGGCCUGAUCCCUCCAUCGCUCCUCCCAUCCCUGUGGAGGCUUCAGGCUCUGGGUCUGGAUCAGCAGACUUCGGCUCAGGGUCUGCAGUUGAUGGUGCCUCUGGAGAUCAGUCUGGUUCUGGAGAUCAGUCUGGUUCUGGAGAUCAGUCUGGUUCUGGAGAUCUGUCUACCUCUGGAGAUGGUGUUGCUUCUGGAGCUGGGUCUGGCUCUGGAGACCUAUCUGGUUCAGGACAACUGUCUAGUUCUGGAGACGGGGUCAUCUCAGGAGAUCAGUCCAGUUCUGGAGAUCAGUCUGGCUCUGGAGAUGGAGUUGUCUCUGGAGUUGAGUCUGGCUCUGGAGACCUUUCUGGUUCUGGAGAUCAGGUAACCUCUGGAUUUGAGUCUGCUUCUGGAGGCUUGUCUGGUUCUGGAGACCUGGCUGGCAGUGGAGAAUCAGGUCUCGGCAGUGCAGAUGCUUCUGGAUCAGGCCUCAGUGGAGAAGGAUCCGGCAUCUCUGUGGUUUUCUCAGGAACUGACAGCAUUUUCUCGGCAGAGGGCUCAGCUUCAGGAGGAGUCCAAGAAGCCGGAGAGGGAAGCACUGAGAUCCUCAUCUUCCCUUCAUCUGAUUCAGGCUCUGGAGAGCUCAGUGGUAGCGGGGAUCUGCCCUUGUCUGGUUCUGGUUCUGGUUUUGGGUCUGGGGAAAGUGGACAAUCUUUCGGCAUGUCGUCUGGUUUCACCACCAGCGAGGACUUUUCUGGGUUUAGCGGUUUCCCAUCAGGGUUUGCCUCAGGAAGUGGUAGUGGACAGUCAGGAGACCUUUCAGGAAGUGGAGAGGCUCCGAUUUUACUGAUAGACUAUGAACUGAUCGAGGCGUCCACAGCUGUUACUCACAAGGAGUAUGAGCUAGGUGGCGGUCGUCUGGCGUUCAGUGGUUCUGGAGAUUUUUCAGAAUCAGGGGUUGCCAGUGGCGACCUCAGUGGCUCUGGCUCUGGAAGUGGCACUGAAUUACUCUCUGGUGUAACCUUAAUGGGAUCGGGCUUUACUGAACUCAUAGGGUCGUCCUCCGGAGAGCAGGAGGCCUCCGGGUUUUUACUCUACAGCUCCGGAGAGGGUAGUGGUGAACAUUUGUUUGGAUUCGGAAGUUCAACAUUUCUUUCAGGGUCUGGAUCGGGAAUGUCUGGCUCAGGAAUGUCUGAAUCCGAGUCCUCUGCAAGCAGAGACGAAAGCAGUGUUACAUUCCUGACUGGACAUAUUAUGACAAAGACAGUCGGAGACCCGACACGCUCUAUGGAGCUUGGACAGGGGUUGGUAGAGUACCUUGGAGAAGGAAGUGGCAGCGGCAGCGGCAGCGGCAGUGGCAGUGGAUUUUACUCUGGUAGUGGAGACUCCAGCACCAUGUUUUCAGGAGCUACUUCUGGAGAUCAAGUGGUGGUGCCCUCUCUGUCCAGCGAACCAACACCAGCAGAAAGCAUUACAGAACCAGAAGAGGCCUUUAAUCGAACUGAACUUCCAGAGACUCCUGAUGACGUCUAUGUGACCAUCAGUCCUGCUCUUAUCCCUGCAGGACUGGCAGCUCCUCCUGUUUCACCGACCCCAGCCUCCGUACAGUCACCAGGCAAUACAGAAGGUGUGACCCUUUGUGAACCCAACCCUUGUGGAAACACUACAUGCACAGUACAGGAUGGAGUUGCUGUCUGUGAUGAGGUAGAAGUGUGCGAUUCCAACCCUUGUGCCAAUGGAGCCACCUGUGUGGAGAACGCAGACUCUUUCAAAUGCUUAUGCCUGCCGAGCUACGGAGGGAAACGCUGUGAGAUCGAGGAGCUGCAGUGUGAAGACGGCUGGACUCAGUUUCAGGGAAGCUGCUACCUUCAUUUUGCCAACAGAGAGACGUGGUUGGACGCUGAGCAGCGCUGCAGAGACCUGAACGCUCACCUGGUCAGCAUCGUCACACCUGAGGAGCAGGACUUUGUCAACUCUAAUGCUCAGGACUACCAGUGGAUCGGACUGAAUGACAAGACAGUAGAAAAUGACUUCAGGUGGACAGACGGGACUCCGAUGCAAUAUGACAACUGGAGGCCAAACCAGCCGGACAACUACUUUAACUCCGGAGAGGACUGUGUGGUGAUGAUCUGGCAUGAGAACGGCCAGUGGAACGACGUCCCCUGCAACUACCACCUUCCAUUCACAUGCAAGAAAGGCCCAGCAUCUUGCGGAGCCCCUCCGGAGGUGGAAAAUGCCCGUAUGUUUGGUAAGAAGAAGCUGGAUUAUCCCGUCAACGCCAUCAUCCGCUACCAGUGUAACCCAGGGUUCAGACAGCGUUUUCCGCCGGUUGUUCGCUGUCGAGCAGACGGACUGUGGGAGAAACCUCAGGUGGAAUGUACUGAUGUGAAAUCCAGAAAAAGAAUAAAGCCUGCAACAAGCAUCACUAAGAAGUGAAAGAAAAAGGAAUUUAUUGUUUGAAAAGAACAUUCAUAGCACACAGAAAUCCAUUUUCUAUAUUAGUGAUUUGCUGGAAGGCCCGUCUGAAGGGUGCUACGUCCUUCCUGUCCCCUGAACCUUCUAAUAUAUUUUAAAUAUAUAUAAUAAUUUUAUUGCUCUGAGUUUGUUUUGUGUGUUGUAAUGUGUAUUUUGUUUGGUGAAAUCAUUGCCGGCACUCUUUGUUUUACGUUUAUAACAUCUGUCUGGUUCGCUGGAGUCAAUGGAGGCUUGUGGGAGUUGUAGAAACUGGUUCAUGAAGUCGGGAACCACACAGUCAGUUUGCUGUUUCUUUUUGGGGAUUAGAGAUCAUCCUCUGGCAAAGUUAAAGGGAAAACGUCUCUCUGAAAGUUCACAUCAAUCAUCCGGGUUCCCUCCAAUGUUUUCUUUCCUUUCUGCUGGUUUCUGCUCUGUCAGAUUAGUUGAAGGAUUCAUAUUUCCUCCUUUAGAAGAAGCACUUUGAUGCCGUUUGUUCCUUUAAUGCAGCGUGAAAACUGACAAUCCAACACAGGAAACUUGGUGUAACUUUCUGCAGGAUUGUUUCUAGCUUUCUAGGGGCCCAAUUUCCAAUUACUACGCUAAGAUAUAUCAAAUCUGCAUCACAUUCCAUACAAGAGAGACCAAAUGCUGCAGUUUGGACAUAAGAACUAAGAUCUAGUUUGUCUGUGAUGUACAUUGCGAGAUGAUUAAGCAACAGCAAUUUUCACUAAAAAUGUGAAUUAAUUACAGACAGAAUUAAUUAUUGCAUAAUGAUUAAAGUGAUUUUGAAGGGAAAUUAAUAAAAAAUACACAUUACCGUUCAAAAAUUUGGGAUCACUUAGAAAUGUCCGUAUUUUUGAAAAAAAGCUUUUUUUUUCAGUGAAGAUAACAUUAAAUUAAUCAGAAAUCCAGUCUAGACAUUGUUAAUGUGGUAAAUGACUAUUGUAGCUGUAAACAGCUGAUUUUUAAUGGAAUAUCUCCAUAGGGGUACAGAGGAACAUUUCCAGCAACCAUCACUCCUGCGUUCUAAUGCUACAUUGUGUUAGCUAAUCAUGUUGAAAGGCUAAUUGAUGAUUAGAAAACCCUUGUGCAGUUAUGUUAGCACAUGAAUAAAAGUGUGAGCUUUCAUGGAAAACAUGAAAUUGUCUGGGUGACAGCAAAUUUUUGAACGGUAGUGUCCAUAUUUCUUCUAAAAAAGCUAAAAACAAGCUAUUAAUUUAUUUUUAGACCAUUUUUGGAAAUAGGAAUCUAAUUUCCCUUUACAUAAAAGACAUUUUUGUUUGACAAAUAGUGAGAAAUAACAGGAAAAAGCAAGACUUUCUGUCCAAUAAGGAAACACAGACUCAAUUCUUUUACCGUCCCACAAAAUGCCCAUCCUGAACACAUAUUGAUUUAUGUAGUAAACAAAAGUGUUUGAUUCUAGUUAACAGGUUAGCUUUGUUGAAAGUUUACAGGUGGAAUUGUUUUGCCUUUUUAGUAAUUGUUUCAGAAUGAGGUCGUACUGGUAUACUGCAAAUAGCCUCAUUCAACUGCUGUAGUAACCCUUAUUAUGGCAAAAAUUGCUCAAAAAUGUUGCUUUUUCAAACUUUUUUUGUUUACUACAUAAAUUCAUAUGUGUUAUUUUAAACUUUUCAUGUCUUCAGUUUUGUUUUACACAGUAGGAACCUGUAGAAGUAAGGAAAAUGUCUUGUACUGUGACUAUUUUGUGCAUUUAAAUGACUCCACAGCUCUAAAGUGGUUGUUUCUGGUUUGAUAAAUGGUUAAAGUUAAUUCCCUCAAUGAGCAGAAAGAAGAAAAAAAUGAUCAAGAGGUCACAUUUAAGUGAAACGAGAACAAUGUUGUGAGGAUGAAACCUUUUCUGCUGAUUUUUAACUAGCUUCAGGACUGUUCUGUCCUCUGAGACCACAGCAGCAUCAGCAACACACUUCUACUGACUUCCUGUUUCGUAUUUAGAUGAUAAUAAUAAUAAGUUUGUUGUUUUCUGUGAUCAGUCGCUGAUCGUCGUCCACUGAAGCUGUGCAGUGCGGAGUUCAUCCGUGGACGAAGCUCAGCGACUCUGUUUCGUGUUUCAGAAGAAAUAACUCUGCUGUAAACAUUGCAGUGUUUUUGUUUUUGUUUUUGUUUGUUUCUCCGACUUUGAUUGCUUCCAUUUGUGCACUUGUUUUAUGUGGUUGUUGCUGUAUGUGGGGGCUGUGCCUCUGUCAGACAUGAUGUCACCUGAUGCUGCAUAAUAAACCAAAGACCCACAAAUUCACUCUCA